AAAAGAAGGUAACUUCUGCCUUUCUUUGUAUAUAAAAUCUUUAACAACUUAUAGUAUUAUAUAAAUAUUUGGCUUUCUUUUCUUCCUUCUCUUUAUAGUUAUAUCCAUUUCUUGAUAUUAAAUCUUUGAAGGAAAGGAAGGGAAAGGAAAAUGCAUCCAAAGAACAACGAAGAGCAAUAUUCUAAAUCAACAGCAAUGGAGAAGUGGACUACAGGUUUAUGUGGAUGCUUCGAAGAUCCCUGGAAUUGCAUAAAGACAUGUUUGUGUCCAUGUGUUACCUUUGGACAAAAUGCAGAGAUCUUAGACAGGAACGGAACAUCUUGUUUCUGCGGUGGCUUGUUACUCUAUCUCCUUAGCUGCGUGGGUUGUCCAUGUAUCUACUCAUUCUCAUUUCGGACGAAAUUGAGACAACAAUUUUCGUUGCCAAAAGAGCCAUGUGGGGAUUUCUUAGUUCAUUGCUGCUGUCCUUCUUGUGCUAUUUGUCAAGAAUACAGGGAGCUUAAGAACCGUGGAAUUAACCCUUCCAAAGGUACACCAAUUACAAAUACUAAGCCUGUAAACUCAGUGGUAGAAUGCAUUGCUACAACCUGUCCUGUGAUCCAGAAAGCCAGGAGUUUAAACCCUAAUAUAAUCCUUGAGUCCAUCAAUAUGAGUAUAUGUUUAAUUUGAAACAUCCUAGUACAUUAACAAAUUUUAUGGUAUGGUGAUUUAUGGUACUGUAAGGUUGGGAAGCCAAUGCUGAGAGAAUGAACAAGCCCAGUGGAAUCAUGCUACUGCCAGUUGUUGCACGAGGCAUGCCCCAUUAGGGUUCCUAUGGCUAUUCUCAGUUUACGUAUUUCUUUUCCUAGUCCACUUUUUCCCUUAUAUAAGUGCUUGAACUCCUUUGUCUUCCAGCAUUAAUGUUGUAUUCUUAUCUUUUUCUCCGAAUCAUCUUUAUCUGUGCCUUUGUUCAAGAAAUGUACAAGUGUUCAACUGCUUCCUUUUAAAAGAAAAAAAUUGUGCGAUUCAUUUCGUUAAA